AUGGCUGCCGGGAAACGAUCAAGCUACGAACUAACCACCGAACCGGAUGACGAUCGCCCCCGUAGUUUCUAUGACAACCUAACAACAACCGGAUCGAGCUCCGGCACCACAAAAAUCAUUCAAAUCCCGGAUAUUCAGUUCAAGUUCGAUGACGACAUUCCAAUUACGGCCGACGCUCGGCGAUCGACACUGAUGAGUAAUGCCAGAUCGGAUUUUUUCGGGCUUUCCCGAGCGCCACCGGACCACGAAGAAUCACACCAUUUGAUGGAGGAGGAUAGUGGCGAUCGAAGGACACCUCCGAUCGUGAUCAUUCCCCCCAUUCCGACCGGUUCGUCCUCACCGGAUUCUACUGCCAGUACGGCGCCAGCUCGAUCCUCGUCGCCGGGAAUGACACCGACGAUGACAGAUAGCUCUCCCGGAGCCGGAGGAGGAGGAGGAACUAAAUCCCGUCCCAUUUCGUCGAACCGAAGCAUCACAAUUAAAUUGCCCGACUGCGCUACAACCACAACACCUUCCGAGGCCGUCUACAUGACCACAACGGUGCCGCAAAACUUCGCCAAGGACAGCAGCGCCCUAUCCUCGCGGCACAAACCAACCCGCAGCAGUCUCCGCCACAGCCGUAUGCUGGUGGUAAACAAAUCCUUCCACCAGCGGUACCCGCGGGGGAAUUCACUGAAUCUGAAACACAUCCGGCUCAGCCGGGUACUGAUGGUGCUUAAGGUGCUGAUCGGUUUGAUACUUACCUUUGUCGGGUUGGUCAUUAUGGUCUGGUCGCCCAGUACCCACACCAAGGACAACCCGUACUGGGCCGGGUUGGUUCUUAUCCUGUGCGGUUCCAUGUUCCUGAUUUUGUUCGAUUUCAAGCGACGGCCGGCGAACCGGUUCCGGGAGAAUUGUUUCAACUUUGUCCGCGUUAACGCCCUGGUGCUGCUGUUGCUCACCAUCUUUUUCACCAUGUUGGCGUUUAUCUAUGCGUUGAUGCACACGGUUAAUCUGAAUUCCAGGGGAUUGCAUUGUGAGCCCGAGUACAGUUUUAAUGUCAAUUCGUCCAGUUGUGUCUGUUGGAUUGAUGCUCGACGGAGUACGACGUCGGAGGAAGCUUCCCAGCUCAGAAGUGAGGAAUUGGUGGAUGAUGAUCAGCUGGUUGGUAACAGUAGUAGCAGUAAUACGGUUGGAUUGAACGUCGUCGGUUUUGAUCGACGGAAAACCGCCGAACAGCUGGAGGAAGCUGGCGUAAUUCGACUGGAAUAUCGUGACUUCAGCUGCAGCGAAGUACUCGGAAUCUGGUACUACGUCACACUGGGUUCCACGGUACUAAACAGUUUGGGUUGUCUGCUGGCCGCAGGUUUUCUCAUCAUCUACGGUGUCGAGUGUCAACGCCGGGACCAACAGUUGAAGUACUACAGCGUGAGAACCAAUGGUAACGGGGUAAAAAUCGGUGGUCAAACUGAUGAUCGUGAGACGCAGAAUUCCGACGGAGGAGGAGGAGGAGCCUAG